CUGCGAGGGAGUGGAUGAGAGAAAGCUGAGGGCUACUGUAACUCAUUGCAUGAGAGGAGCGUCGCUGAAAUCGUCUGCAUAUAAUACACAAGUAACCUGCGCUUUUCUAUCCGUAUAUAUCUUGGACCUUCUGUCUGGUGCUUCUGUUUGAGUUUUUUGUGCAUUUCUCUGUGAAAUAAGAGUAGGCUAUUUCGAGAGCUGCCUUGCAAAUAAUUUCUCUUCCGUCUUUCUGGGACUUUGUAGUUAAUGUCAGAGGAUUCAACCCCAGAACGCAAUAAUGUAACUGAAUCAAAGACUACUUCUUUUCGAGACAAAUAGUCCUAGCUACACAAUGUUGAUUGAAGCAACCGAUUGAAACAGUCAUACGCCCGUGUUCCAAGUGAGGAUCAGCUCCAAGCAUAUCCAAAACGCAUUWCUGUUCCAAUGGAUUCCUGAAAAGGGGCGUACCAUAUGCAAGAACCAGACAUUGCGGGCAGAUCAUUCUACUACAAGGGCACAUUCUGUACUGUAAAGUUGACUGGCUGCUGGAACUCGAAAUGUAUGUUAGAAUAGCACCAUUUAUUUGACCCGAUUAAAUAUUUGAAUGCGCAUGUUUUUAAAAGGAAACAGUGUUUCCACAUGCUCUUAUUGGAAUAGGCUAUGUCAUUUGGAAAUACGGUUUGAUUACUUUGUAUUAUUUUCUACCACGGCUGGAACAAGCGUUGCUAUGCAGAUCAUGCACUGUUGCCCAAUGUUAGCGAUACAUUUGAUCGUCUGACUCCAUAUCUCAUUUUAGGGGAUAUAUUUUAGGCUGUCUCAACCAACUAUUGGAAAUGUAUUUUGCGUAAACAGCUUUCUGGAUAUUACAAAACCAUGAUGGCAAACGAGAAUCCUUAUAACAGUCGCUUUAUUGUCGAAAAAUACAUCCAACACAAACUGUUGAACAUGGGAUUUGUAUGGAAAUUUCAAGCAGAAAACGAUUCUUCAAAUAAUGGCUUUGGGGACCCCUCUACACCCAACUCCCCUGAAGUUUUUGCACGGAGGUCCCAGCCCACRGCCGCAGGCGAGGACACCGACUCUCCUUACCAAAACAGGAGUCCGCAACCUGACCCUCAUGUCAGGCUGCACAGAGUCCUGCGCGAGGCGGGUGGCGAGAUUGAAAGAAUGUAUCAGCGGGACUUUGCAGAGAUGUCGGGGCAGUUGCAUUUUACGCCCAGCACGGCACAGAGAAGGUUUACCGCUGUAAUAGAUGAGCUCUUCAGCGACGGGGUAAACUGGGGUCGGAUUGUUGCUUUCUUUGAGUUUGGAGGGACAAUGUGCGUGGAGAGCGUCAACCGGGAGAUGACGUCCCAGGUAGACAACAUCGCUCGUUGGAUGACGGAGUACCUGAACGGACCCCUACAGAACUGGAUCCAGGAGAAUGGUGGCUGGGACGCCUUUGUGGAGAUGUAUGAGCAGCAGAGGAUCUCUCACUCCUGGCCGUACCUAAAGACAGUGUUCGGCCUGGCCGCCCUGGGAGCCGCCGGAGUCACCAUCGGAGCCUUGUUCACCCAGAAGUGAUACAAAAGGCCCCAGAAGACCCUCCCCCUCGUCAAUCGCCUGCUACCAGAUGAAGGCUCCUUACCCAGUAGCCUCCCCCCCCCC